CAGCACCGACUGUCACUGGCAAACGUCUGACUGUCAAAGGUAACGUCUGACGGUGUCAAAUUUUUCAUUUGUCUACUGUGGGGAUUCUUUCUACGGCGAUUGCCUCAAUUUUCACAUUGUAAAAGCGACGCGCCAGCAAGUGUGACCGAAGCAGGAUGAAUCCGGAAAAGCUGAAGAAAAUGCAGAGCGAGGUGCGCAUCGGCGGCAAGGGCAUGCCCCGCCGCAAGAAGAAGAUCGUCCACACGAGCUCGGCCGUCGACGACAAGAAGCUGCAGCUGUCGCUGAAGAAGCUCGGAGUCAACACGAUCCCCGGCAUCGAGGAGGUGAACAUGAUCAAAAACGACGGCUCGGUGAUCCACUUCAACAACCCAAAGACACAGGCUUCGCUGGGCACCAACACGUUCGCCAUCACCGGCCACAGCGAAACGAAAAUGAUCACGGAAAUGCUGCCCAACAUCAUCUCCCAGCUCGGGCCGGAGGGUCUGAACCAGCUGAAGAAGCUGGCGACGGCGGCCGCCGCCGAAGAGGAUGACGACGUGCCGGAGCUCACCGAGAACUUUGAGGAGGUGUCGAAGAAGGAGGCGGAGACGAAAGAGGCGGCCGCUGCCAGCUCGAAGGCGCCAGAGGUUCCCGCAUCUUCCUAAGUACACAAACUAAAACACACACGCACUCACACACACACACAAACACACUAAAAAGGCUCUGCUCUUACAAGUAAUACAACAACCCCCAUGCUAGAGUUUAACCCCCGUUUUGUUUCUUUUCGCGGGUGUGCGGUGCCACCGGAAACAAGCACCCAAACCUAUUGGAAAUGGCAAGCCGAACGACGUACGUGCGGUAAACAAAACGCAUUACACACCUUUCGCUCAAUAGCGCGAGCAUCAAACUCUGCUACCCUUCGCCCCUCCCGCGCCCACACUCAUCACAAUUUUACGGUGCAAUUCGGCUUGCCGCAGUUCCGCCGGAACCAUCUUCGCAGGGGUGUGCGUGUGUGUGUCUCUGUGUGGGCAUUCUCUUAGCUAGCACCCCCCCCCCCCCUAGCCCCGACAUGCAUUACGCCAGCUUAUAUUUUUUGGAUAGUGUCUCUUCUACAAACCCAUGGUGGUGUAUGGAAUUGCUUUCUUUUGUUGAACAACCAAGUUGUGCGGACCAGUUUCCGCGGCCGAGAAAAAUGUAUGUUCGAAAGUAUGGUGACAUUUUAAGAAUUAAAAACUAAUUGAACCAUCUCCUCCGUCCGUCAUGUGACGCACGCGUGCUUUGAGGUAGGUUUACUGUAA